AUUGAAGAUGUAUCGGUAUGGCUAUCUGCUCUUCUUCUGUCUGCUGGCCAUCACUGUGAACCAACACUUGGCUGACCUGAGGAACCUCCAGCAGCAUGUAGACCGGUCCAGGACAGCCACCAGGCCACAAGUGGGUGGGUCGUCGUUGGGCGUGAGGAUGGAGAACAUCAUGGUUCUGAAGAGGAAGAGUUUUCCAGUGAGCGUCUCCCCUUUGGACCGUCUGUCCAUCGGCGCCAUGGCCAGCAAGCAUGCGUCAAGCAGCCAAGUUAUUGAGUUGCCACGGCGACGGCUGCGGUUACCCCCCAUCGACAGGAUCGGCAUGCGUCACCUGCCAAACAGGAGGGGAUAGGCCACACCCACUCCCUCAGGACACACCCCCUCAGGACAGCCACCUCUGAGCCACACCCACAGAUGUUCAACCAUCCCACGCCAGACUGCUGAUGUUUUUAUACUUUAAAUGUUCUAAAAGUGCC